AUGUCAAAUGAAGAGCGGCUUACUUCAGGAUAUACAUCACCACUGGUGAAUGAUUCAGAAAAGAAAAAGAAAGAGGAUCAUAAUGUUUCAACUAAAAAAUUGUCAAAGCAUACUGUUUUUGAUAAAUCUGAGAAAUAUAUCCUAGUUCUAUUGGCAGCUAGUACAGCUAUUUGGUCGUCGUUUGGUUCACCGAUUUACUAUCCUGCUCUACAAAUAUUGGAGAAUUACUUUGACAUCAGCGAGGAGUUAGUGAAUGUAUCUGUGGUGGUCUAUAUGAUCUGUCAGGGUAUAUCACCUACAGUAUUUGCCCCAUUUGCAGAUAGAUAUGGGAGAAGGCCAGUUUUGAUUGUUUGUUUGCUGAUAUUCAUAGGGUCGUCAAUAGGAUUAGCCGUUUCCAACUCAUACGCUUUAAUAUUAGUGUUGAGAUGCAUACAAUCAUUUGGAAUUUCUCCUGCCGUGGCAAUAGCAUGUGGUAUUACGGGUGAUUGGACAGAACGUAAAGAAAGAGGAUGGUUUGUUGGAUUGACAAGUGGAUUUACACUUUUUGGUCAAGCUUUUGGGGCUCUAAUAGGUGCAGCUUUAAUCGCAGCAUUCGAUUGGAGAGCUAUCUUUUGGUUUUUGGCUAUCGGUGGUUGUGUUACACUUUUAGUGAUGUUGUGUUGCUUACCAGAGACAAUGCGUUCCAUCGUGGGAAAUGGAUCAAUAACACCAAAGCACUUUAUCGAUAGAGCUCCAGCGCUAUUGAUCCCUUACUAUAAAAGAAAAUGGGAUCUUGAUGAUCCUGAUUAUUCCACUCUUGCUCCACAAAAGAAAACUGACUUUUUAGCCUCUUUAAAAAUAUUGAAAAAGCCUGAACUUGCAAUAUGUCUAUUGAAUGGUGCUAUUCACUAUGGAUUAUGGACAGUUCAACUAACCUCAUUGACGAACGAGUUGUCAAAAUCUUAUGGAUAUUCAGUCAUGAAGAUUGGUCUUUGUUACUUACCAGCUGGUGUUGGAGGUCUCUUUGGCUCUUUCUAUUCAGGUCGUAUACUUGAUUGGGUUUAUAGAAGAGAAUAUGUAAAGUUUGAAGAUAAAAAGAAGGCUGGUCUAAUCGGCGAAUAUGAGAAAUUCAAUAUUGUGAAAUCAAGAGUACUUGUUGCUGUUCCAUAUACUAUUGUCACUGAUGGGUUUACAUUGAUGUAUGGAUGGUGUUUGGCAAAGAAGGUACAUGUCUCAACCGUUCUAGUGAGUGAAUUUUUGAUUUCAAAUGGGUGCAUGGCUCUGGUUGGUAUUAACACUACAUUACUGAUUGAUCUCUAUGCUUCAAAUAGUUCUGCUGCUACUUCCUGUGUUAAUCUCACGAGGUGUCUCACAGGUGCUAUUUUUGUUGCAGCACUUACUUCUAUGAACAAAAGUAUGACAAUCGGUGGUACUUUUACAUUGAUGUGUGCUUUAGGGUUGAUAUCUGGUGCUCUACUAUACAUUCCUUUAAAGUUUGGUAUGAAAUGGAGCGCAGCUAGAGAUGCUAGGGAACAACGGAAACGAAAUGACUAA